GCAGCUGCAGCAUCCAGAGCCCCGGUGGGUGCAGCUUCAGCCUCCCCCAUCCCACCAGAGCCAUAGCCGGGACCGGGUUGGUCCCAUUUGCUGCGGCGGCUGGGAAGACAGAAAAACAUGAAAGGGAGAUAAAAUAAUGGCUGUGAAAAAGAAAGCAGGACUGAACGAACACUUGAUUUGAUGGUAUAACCCAAGUUGACUAACCAGACACCGUUACUGUUUAUGUUAUGGAAACUAACCAAGAAGUGAGAUUCUGGAUAUGGUCUCACUUGAUUACGGCUUAUUGUGAUCACAGGUGUGAUGCUGCUGCCUCACCUGUCACCCCGUAUUUUAUCACCUCCCGGCCGGACUUGGUGAGUUUCUCCAGAGGAGGCAUCAAAGGUUUCAGUAGAAGCAAAAAAGCCUUGAGCAGCAGCUUCAUGACAGGACAUUCAGUCAAGGCUCCAUCAUUCCACAGGUACACCACAGGUUUCCCUUUGUCGUGACAAACUUUGGUUCUUCAAGUUAAGACUGUCUAAAGGAAAACCUCCACAGCAUUUGACCGAUAAAAUAAUCCAGUAACAAUCCAAGGACUGCAUGAGAGAAACCUUAGAGAUGCACUACAAACGACUGGCAGCGUGUUAAUCAAGAAGCCCCUAAAGCAAAGGGAUACAAAACAGACAGCCAAUCUCAGUAAAGAGAACCGAAAAACCUGCAGACUCUUUCGUUGUGAUCUCCUGAGAUUGUUUCCCCCAAAGAUCAAUGCUUUUACUGAGCAUGUGUCAUAAAGGGAGGUCAACACACAAGCGAAGAUGAACCCUUAUGUCACUUCACACUUCAGGAGGGAUCUUUUCCCCCAUUUCCAUUUGUUGUAGGCUUUUGUCUUACCUGCUGUUACUGGUUGAAUGAAAUCGCUUCUUCUCUAUUUGUACAGUUACAGCAGUGUCUAUUGUUUUUCAGUUCCCUUUGUAGUCGCCACAGUGCUGAGUUAGAGUUGAGGGUUUAAUUCUGUCCACUGUUCCAAAGAGACUGGAUAUGAAUACUCUGUAUACUUGUCAGGAUCAGUAGUAGAGUUCUCUGGAGAUGGUUGGGCAAGGUGAAUACUAACACUACAAGCAUACCUUUCCAUUUCCAGAUAUAUUUGCACAUUUCUCUUUUGCUUUAUUUAAACUCUUCAAAGUUGUCAUUUUCACAUUGCAUCUACAUGAUAAUCUUCUGUUUUGUUUGCGUAAACUCUCUCUGAUGUUCAGGCAGCCUUUUGUUUUGUCUUAUUUUGUAUCUUGUUCAAACAGUUACGCCCUCAGCCAUCUUUGUUCUCAGCACUUCUCAGCUCUUCUCAUUCUGUGGCACACACCUGAUCUAUCAACUCUGGUGCCAGACCUCCAGAAAAAUGUAGAAAACUUCUUCAGGUGACCUGUGUGCUUACCUUUUCCCUCCAUAUAAAUCUUCUACUUAAAUCUAAAAACACAAAUAAUAUAGGAGAUAGAUCAAAGUAAUCUCUUUCUGUUAUUUUCUUCCCUUCUUCUUAUCUUUUGUCAGACGUAGGCGCUUUCUCAGCCGUAACGCUGAGCUGUAAUGAGGUAUGUCUGGUCUAACUGUUGCUGGUGAUUGCUAACAGCCGUGUAGUUCAGUUCAAUAUUAUCCACAUAACAGUCUGUACACAAAACAAGUCUUCACCAAAUUGACAAUGGCCAUUAAACAGAUUUGCAGACCGUUAGAUAGAAAAUGUGAAAUUGUUAAAGCAGUGACAUGAUUGAACAGGAAAUGGCAAACAAAACAUGGUUCUUUCAGUUUGGACCCUCUUGUUGGGCAAAAGUGACUUGUAAAGAAAGGUUAUGAGACUAGUUUAAGUCUGCAGAAACAGAUACAUUGUGUGAAUCUGCCUAUUAAAUUGUGUGUACUAUAGUCAGUGCUUUAUCCAAGACCUGUUGGCACUGAAUUAUGAAUGAUGAAUAAUGACAGACAUUUGAUGUACUGAAAGCACUGCAUUCUUUGUGUCCUCAUGCCCAUACUAAGUGGUUGUAAAACUGGGAACAGCCUGAUCGUAAGAAGUGGCAUGUUUUUUUGCUUUUGACUGCAUGUUGGAGAUGAUUUUAUCACCGAGUCCCAUUUGAAGUUAAUUUCUAUUUGUCUUGUCUUGUAUGCAUCUUGUCACAAUAUUAUGGCACUCUGUAAUGAUUUGCACAUCCUUUUCAUGUUUCUUACUCCUUUCUACUAUUAGUUUAUGGCUUCCAUGAAUCGAUGCCUGCAUGAGGCUUCCUUUUUAUUGUUUUGAACUGAACAGAACCUUUCCUGCUUGCUUUUUCGAUGUCUGUUGAAGUCAAUCCUUUCCUACCAUCCUUGUCAAAAGAAGUCUUGUAAACUCGGGGUCACAGAAAUAGAGUCCUUUGGCUGCUGCUGACAUCUUCCUUUUAUCUCACCUUUGCUUCUUUAGUGAGUAUGAUUUAAGGACAUUGGUUGCUAAUGAAUGCAACUGUGAACCUACUUCAAGAAAGCCCACUUUGUUUGCUGAGGGAUCUUUCACUGAAAGGAUAGACUGUACUGAGAAACAGCAUUACACGUUGAGGAAAGUAAACAAGUGACCUGUCAAUGGCCUUGGUGGGAAUUAUCCUCUUGUUACCAUAUAUACCACCAUACCACUAUUGACUUGCAAUUCUCUCUUCAUGAAGAAGGGCUGAAAGACUGACUGUGUUGUUAGCAUCACACACUAAAUUGACUGUAUCAAGGUGCUUAAUUACUACAUCAACAAUAAAAUCAAGGCACACUAAGGAAUACAAAUUAACUGUCAACUACUCCAUAAGAGAUAGGGGACUUUAUAGUACAUGAUGGGAGCGGCACGCGUGAAACGCCGCUUCAGUGCUGUGGUGGAUGGGCCAGUGGAGGAGGAGGAAGUCAUGAGGCUGGCACAGAGUGCUGCAGACACGGCUAGGGCAGGGGGCAGUCCGACGGGGUCAGGGACCCCAACCAGCCCCUCCCCGACUCAUGCCCUGAACGGCAAAACUCUACCUCUCCAGAGCAACACCAACAAUGCACGGAGGCAGAGUGCCAUUGGAGAGUCAGUUGGAGGAGACGCAGGAGAAGGCGGGGUGAGAUCAGGAGGAAUGUGCUCAGGUCUAAGGAGUGGAAGAGGCUGUAGUGUAGGAGGAAGAGGGAAAAGCCAUUCAUCCUUGGCCCAGGAUUCGCUCUCUUCCCCCUCCACUACUAGCCGCAGGCACACCAGGCGCUCUAGCCGCCGGCCCCGACAACGCUUUGUGGGCAAGGACGGACGCUGCAACGUCACUUUUGUCAACAUGAGCGAGAGGGGCCAGCGCUACCUCAGCGACCUCUUUACCACCUGUGUGGACAUCCGCUGGCGCUGGAUGCUGGUCAUCUUCACCCUCUCCUUCCUUCUCUCCUGGCUGCUCUUUGGAUUUGCCUUCUGGCUCAUUGCCUCCAUGCAUGGGGACCUCUCCAUUCAGCUUACCCCCAGCUCAGGUUUCUCUCCGGGAUCAGGAGAGGCCGGGUCUGGAGGAGAGUCUGAUAGAGAGGCAGUGGUUGAGGAGCCGUGCUUCCUCCAGGUGAACAGCUUCAUGGCGGCCUUUCUAUUCUCCUUGGAGACACAGACAUCCAUUGGUUACGGAUUUAGAAGUGUGACCGAAGAAUGUCCCCUGGCGGUGGCGGCGGUCGUUUUGCAGUGCAUUGUGGGCUGCAUUAUUGACGCCUUCAUCAUUGGGGCAGUCAUGGCAAAGAUUGCCAAGCCCAAGAAGCGCAACGAGACGCUGGUGUUCUCUGAAACAGCUGUGGUGGCGCUGAGGGACGGGAAACUCUGCAUGAUGUGGAGGGUCGGAAACCUACGCAAGAGCCAUCUGGUAGAGGCACACGUUCGAGCACAACUACUGAAGUCAAGGGUGACAGCAGAAGGAGAGUUCCUCCCACUUGACAAUGUGGACAUCAACGUGGGUUUUGAUAAUGGCACGGACCGUAUCUUCUUAGUCUCACCAGUGACAAUUGUCCAUGAAAUCAACGACGAGUCGCCCUUCUUUGAGAUCGACCGAAAGGCCCUGGAGAAUGACUCUGAGUUGGAGGUGGUGGUCAUCCUCGAGGGCAUGGUUGAGGCCACAGCCAUGACUACACAGUGCCGUAGCUCUUAUCUGGCUUCUGAAAUCCUCUGGGGACACCGAUUCGAACCAGUGCUCUUCGAGAGGAAAGACUGCUACCAGGUGGACUACUCAUUCUUCCAUCGGACAUAUGAAAUCCCGACCACUCCUUCAUGCAGUGCUAAAGAGCUGGCAGAACAGAAGUUCUUACAAAGCUCACACUCGUCAUUCUGCUAUGAGAAUGAAGUGGCUCUGCAACUCGUCUCCCCUGAUGAUGAGCCUGAACAAGACCCUGAGUGUCCCUCCCCACCCACACGAAGGCCAUCUCUGGCAGAACAUCUCCACUACAACUGAUACAGUGGGAUAGGAAGCCUUAAGGGAAAAGAGGCAGAAAGUAGCCAUGGAGGUUUAGAGGAAGAACAGGAACAAAGAGAGGGUAAGAACGGUAGGAAUGGGCUGUCCAAGAGAGACCAGAUUAAAAGUACAUAUAUGGAUUUGCCAGUGUCAGGAACAGGAUAGGAAGUGAAACCGUUUACAGUGAAUAGAGAGGGAAGAAAGUCCAGAAUAGGAGCAAGUCAAGAGAUCCAUUAGAGUUUUUAAAAGUUUACAGGAUUUAGAUAAGUACUACUGUACAGAUUAAAUUGUACAGAGAAACAGAAAAGAUAUGGACAGAUAAAGAAACAGUGAGAGGUUUGGGAUCAGUCUAUAGGGGAGAUGGGUUACUACACUGACCUAGUUGUCUGAUUGGUCCUGGCAAUCUUUCAGAAUUAUUGAACAAAUGUCUGCAAUGUCUCACAUCUGGCCCAUCAUCACUACCACAACACACCCAUCUGGCUCUAAUGCCUGACUGGCAGAAUAUACAAGAGCAGCCCAUGGUGGCUCUAACCUGCAACUGCACCUCCACUCUUAUGAUCUGCAGGAAUUCUUGACCUCUACUGAAAUGAAUGGUAGUGUACCUUCUGAGGUACAACUCAGGAAUGUUUUCCACUAUGAUGCUGAUUUAUCAUUUUAAUGCUUUAUUUUCUUAUGGUAAGUAUGGAUAGUGCACAAUUUGUGAUACUUUGAGGUUGGGGGUGGCUGUUGAGAAUGCUUUUGAGUAUUUGGCUUGGCUACUUGUAGAGCCAAAGCAGGGCAACAGUAACAUGAAGAAGCAACUGAAAACUAGCAGCUUUUUAAAGCAGUUUCUUUUCCAUGUUAUGUGCUGUACGUUGUUUGUCUUUUGACCCUUUUUUCUAUGUGUCAUGAAAAAAAAAAGUUAACUGGUUGUAACAUUUGAUUUAUUCAUUUGUUGAGAUGAAGACCAUGUGGUCAGAGGAAGCAUGAGUGUUUGUCAUUUUCAAACCACUGCAGUGAUAUACAAUGACAGAUGACAAUUGCUGUGUCCAGACCAGUUAAUUACCAUACAUUCUUUCUUGCACUACUAUAUACAGUAUCUUUUCAUUUUGCUAAAAACACUCCUAUUGUAUUGUUCUUGUCUGUUGCUUUUGGAUUCUAGUACAACUCAGUUACAACAUUAUAUUUGAAAUGUCUUGGCACACUUGGAAGACCCUUGAUGGUUUAGACUGAAUCGAGAAAAAGGGGUCUGUAAAUGCUCUGGAGGCUAGUAACCUCCAACAUCACAAGAACAUAACUGAGCUGAACUGAAUGGGAGAAGCGUUCUGACGAUGAUGACAUGGCUUGCUUCUCUGAGAAUAAAACUGUCAAACUUCUGCACAAGUGGAUGAGGAUUGAACUGGAAACUACACCACAUUCAUAGAAUAUUAUUCAGUUUUUUGUGCCCAUAAAAUCAUGUGACACCCUGCUCUAAGUCGAAUGUGUUACGGUAGUGAAUGGUGCCUUCAUAACAAACCAGAGAUUUUGCAACUGGCCCGUCAUCUGCAGCUGCAGCUUAUUUUUAUUGUGUGUAUUUGCAUAAUGCUACUUAUUUAAGAGUGUUUUUUC